CCCACUAGUGUUGAAGCAAUAAGACACCUCUUUCUCGAUUGCCCACUAGCAAAAUUAUUAUGGGCACAGUCCAUAUUGUCUUCAACAUCAAUCCACCAACAAGCAUUAAUGCGUUAUUUGAGACGUGACUAAGUGGAUUUGAUAGAACUAUAACAAAUCCCAUGCGGAUUGGAAUAUGUGUUUUAUUUUGGGUCAUAUGAAACACUAGAAAUUAUAUGAUUUUUAAUGGCAAGAUCGUCACCAAUUUUUUGCAGGUCAUCUACAGUGCCACGACUUGGAUCCGCACGUGAUCAUUAUUCAUUCAUGCGGAGUACAGAGAGCUUAUGGUUAUUGGGUGCAAUCGAUGGAAGACAGUCACACGGCUAUCUUCAGCCAAUUUGGAUGACGGGCUAAUAACAGGCUAGGUGUAUGGAUACCGUAGCUUGAUUUUGGUCUCCUCGUAUGUGGCAGUUGUUAUUUCAUGUAUUUGCUUUUGGUUUGCUCAGAAUAUGAGCUUUUCGGGGAUCUAAGUCUUUGCUUUCAUACUUGUUUAAUAAUAUGACUGCAUGCAUCAAUUAAUAGGAGUUUCGUUCCUCUUUUUCCCAAAAAAAUACCGCAUGCCCUAUAUUUUUUGUUUUUUUUGUUCGUUCUUUUUAUGUUGACACUCGAUGAUGCCAUGACAUGUUAUGUGCGCGCCAUGCAAGUGAGCACCGACAGCAGCAGGGCAGGCAUGUUUGAUGCCAUGCUGCUUGUUUCAGUAACAUCUCCGGAUCUGUGGGAUGUCACUAUACCUAGUCAUGGAAAACCUGGCCCGGUCUGACCCAGCACGAAAUUUCCGGAUCAAGGCAGGCCUGGGCUUGCCCUAUGCACCGGGCCCGGGCCUGAGAAUCAAGCUCGAAGGCCGGGCCGGACAGGGCACGAGCCUACAGAAACCCAAAUUUACGCCUAUGUCGGGCCGGGCCUGUCGGGCUUCUUCGAACUUGGGUCGGGUUUGGGCCCAGAAAGUAAGGCCGACGGUCGAGACGUAUAGGGUCUAGGCCUGAGUUUCGUACCGUGGUUUUUUUAGGUCCGAUCCGAGUUUUGGCUAGAUAUAGAUGUCACAGGCAUGAACGGCCAUGACUAGCUACCUGCUCCUGUCCCUCUCUUUUCCAUACCGUUGAGACCUGCCAGAAACGACAAAAUGGACAAAUUUGACCUCUUUGUUGAAUGAAUUCACAGACUGAACCUAGGCCAAUUUUUUUUAACCGAGCUGACCCUUUUAUGUGGCGCCGGACGCGUAGGCGCCACACUACACUGUGUGACGUCUAAGCCGUCGGCGCCACACAAAAGGGCCCCGCUGGUGCUGCAGGGCCCACCCCCGGCUGUGUGACACCUAAGCCUCGGACGUUGCACGUGCUGCAGUGUGACGCCGAGCGCUUAGGCGCCACACAUGCAAGGAGCGGACAGACUGCGGAUCUGCUCGCGUCUUGUUUGCAUGUGAGCCUAGCCCGCCUGUCACUGAAACAGAGGGGCCCGCCCACCCAUCCUUCUUUCUCUUCUCCUUUUCGUUGCGGGCGAGGGCAGGUGAACAAGCGGACGCGCGCCACACGCGGAUCUUGCCGUCCUGGUGGCCGGUGUAAAUCCUCCCGUCCCCGGCGACGACGAUGGCCUUGACGAGCCCGCUGCCGCAGUGGAACCCCGCGAACUCGCGUGGAGUCCGUGCUGGUGUACAGCAGGUCCCCGGCCGCGGCGAGCGAGUACAUGUGCCCGUCCUCCUUCAGGAACGACCCAAGAAGCCCCGUCUCGUCGGCCGCGCCGGCGCCGAGCCCCGGGAGGUUCACCCACGGCGACGCGACCGCCUGAUCGUGGCGGUGGCGCAGAGGUCUGGGGAUGCGUCGUCGCUGGCGGACAAGGAGCGGAGCUGGGAGUCGUCCUUCAUCCAGAAGCACUGGGCACUGCAGCAGCUCUGGCGCGGCGACCAGCAGUCCUGGCGGCCCCAGCGCGGCCUGUCGGAGAAAUCCGUCGCCGUGCUCAAAGCCUGGAUGUUCGAGAACAUCCUCCGCCCGUACCCCAAGGACCACGAGAAGGACAUGCCGGCGGCGAGGAGCGGGCUGAGCAGGAGCCAGCAUGUGCAACGUCCGAGGUUUAGACUUCACACGGUCGGAGGUGAGCCCUGCAGCGUCAACGUGCCCUUUUGUGUGACGCCGACGGCUUAGACGUCACACAGUGUAGUGUGAUGCCUACGCGUCGGGCGUCACACAAAAAGGUCAGCUCAGUGGUUUUUUUUAUCUAGGUUCAGUCUGUGAAUUCAUUCAUCAAAGAGGUCAAAUUUGUCCAUUUUGCCGCCAGAAACAAUUGAUUGUCUCCCAUGCUCUGCCAGAGGAGUGGUAGAACCGUAGAAGGAGGAGGCUGUGCAGGUGCUGUGGGUGACGCUGCUGUGCACGAGCCGCAUACCAGCAAUUCCGCCAUUGAGACGGUCCAUGGUAAGUGCUGCGGGAACGUCGUGAGUGUGGACAUGUGCCCGUACAUGGCUCCGUCAGCGUGGUCCGACUUCCCAUGUACGCACGACAGCAGUGAAGCAGAGGCGAGCAGCAGAUGCAGCAGCAUGAGCGGUUGCACGGCGAAGUCCUAUGUUGUAGUUGGUGCGUUGCAAGAAUGCACACAAGGAGAGAGAGAGAGCACGAAAAAGGAGGGAGAAAACCAGUGACAUGUCUGCAGUUUUAAUCACAUUUCUGGUUUUGGUUGAAAUGUCUCUAGUUUCGAAACAUAAAAGCAAGUUUUUGCUAAGUUGAAUGAGAGAGAAGAGGAGAAAGAGAAGGAAAGCGGACUCUUCGUGAAGAGUCAGCUCUAGCACGUGCUUCUAGAUGCUUUGUAAGAAUGAAAGAUGGACCAUAUAUGAUAAAGUAGUAUUAUUUAUAGCUAACUAUUAUACAAGCUAGCUAUAAGAUUGACUAUAAAAUUGCUUAUAGUCAGCAGUUGGCUAUACUAUUAACCAUGCUCUAAGGGCACGAAUCUAAGACAGAAACACAUCGUGUGGUCUAGUUGGCUUAAAUGGGCUGGCUGCAUCUGUUUUUUUAGACCGGGCCUGGCAAAUAUAAUGAUGUUUAGUACUAAAAAGAUAAUUCAUGAUUUUUCAGGGUAGGCCCAAACCAUGCGAAGCCUGGCCCUUAGAUUCGCCACUGUCCAACGGUAAUCCGUAAUUUUUCUUCCGAAGGAUGUAUAUCGAGUAUACUUUGAUAGCAAGCCAAUGCCCUUUAUAUUGUGGGCAUGUUUGCAACGAUUUUUACCUGUUUUCUUUUUGCAAAUUCACUCGGCAAUUUUCUUCUCCUUAAUUAACGAAAAUGACAAAUAUUUUGCCUUGUUUAAAAAAAAACUAUUGACAAUGGUAUUUGGAGGAAGGUAUGCGUCCAAAGACAAUAGACGAAAUCAAAUGGCAUGCAAACAUAUUUCUAGUUUUAUAGUUACAUUGCUUUUAAACAAACUGGCCAAUUCAAAAUCCAAUUUCACCAUAGGUUUCCUCAUAUUUGGAACUAAAUUCCACACAAACAUGUUUCAAUGAAUAUUUUUGGAAAACCACUUUCUACCACAAAAAAGCAAGUAUCUUGUAUGAACAUGCUUUUUCUAACACAUACUAGUAAGCUAAGAAUAGUUUCUAAGCAAAAGUAGGCAUCACAAGAUUUUAUUGUAUAUUUUAAUAUUCUCGUCACAAGACCUUCAGAAUUAGCUCCGAAAAUUAGAUCUCACAUGGACAUAAUAUAUGUUGAAAGGCAGGUGCUUACUGUGCACUUGUAUUUAUCUCACAAACCGGUAGGUUAACCGCUGGGCAAAGAGGAUGCGACACACUUAUGGACCCAUAAGGCCCAUAAGGCUGCCCCCACUUGGGCCAAGCCAAGUGGAUAUCCCGUGGAGCCUUCCAGAAUUUUCUUGAAAGGUUCUGGAAUAUUUUGGAACCUUCCUAGAUCUUCCGGUGGCUUUUUUGGUCCUUUGAGACUUUCUCAGUAUUCAGGAACUUUUUUUAUUUUCUCUCUGAAACUUGUUUGACCUUCGGGAUUUUUUUUGGUGUGUUUGUCUCAUGCUACUAAUACUUUUAGUACUCCACAAAUCAAUACACCUUAAGUGUGUGACCCUACAUGUUUGGUAAUGUGCAGACAUGAUUUGGGACAUUUUCCAGUCAAUAAUCAAUAGCGUAAUCCGGGCAUCUAUAUUGACUCUUACACAAACACGAACAACUGAGCGAGUUUUUUUGUUCACAUACACAAUUUCCUUCGCUUCGUGAUACAUAACUAAACUAGAGGCUAGACUUUCGGUAUCCAUGUGAAGCAACAACUUGAUCGCAAUACACCAAGUUAUCCUAGUUAUCGGUUUUGCUCUUUUUCUUCUUUUCAUAUUGUGGUAUCCAUGUGGUCACAUCAUGAUGUGUUUAGCCAUACGAUGAUGGAUACGGUAACACUGAGAGUGGCCGAAGAAUAUCUCUCAAUUCUUGAAGGGACCAAAUCUCAAUCUUGAGCUAUCAUGUCCCUGGACAUACAUUACCGAUUUACUCGAAAGUUGUUAUUAUAAUCACCCUCUGACAAGUAACAUUUGACAAACCCCAAAGCAUACGACCCAACAUGAAGUGUACUCCAUACUCUCAUGCAGUGGUGGUGCCAGGAUUCAAAGUUUGUGAUGUCACGUUAGCUUGUGUAGUCAAUUUCGUGAAGUAGUUUGUUCAGCAGUAUAAUAUACAUGCCCAUGGUGACUUGAUUUACCAAAUUCCUGUGCCGUUAUAUGACUACACAGCUAAAAUAUGGCUGCGCCACUGCUCUCAUGGUCUAAUGAAUAUGCAUUAACACUUUACAUGAUUAUGCUUAUAACAUUGUCAUGACCUGUUCUCAAAGUAUAUCAUUUAGUUGGGUCUGUUCAACACCAUUGUUGUGUCAAGAAUGGGCUCUCAGUUUUGUCGGCAUCCUUGUUACUUUCGUAAUGCACCAUGAUCCAAAAAAACAAGAUCAUCAUGCAACACAUGAUCUAGUAGAGGCGAGGCUAGGGAAUUACUUGGUGUUUAGUCCCCACUCAUGGAAUUGAGUUUCUCUCCGAAUUUCAUAUUCAAGAACGAAUGCAAUUUUAUAAACAUUAAUUAUGGAUAUGAAAUUAAAUAAUACUCUAUUAUUGCCUCUAGGGCAUAUUUCUAACAUCCUGCUCACAAACCGGUUGGUUAACCGGUGGCUGACCGAUUGUUAUGAAUUUUAUGUAAAACGACUUUCAAGUAUAUAAUAAUUUGUACAGUUAAAAAAAUGGUUUUAUGCAAUUUAAGACUUUUUUGCACUUAUAUUUUCGAAACACGAAUUAGCAUGACGAAGUGUAAGUUGUCUUGGAUUUAUUUCGUAAUACUAUGUUGCUUUGAAGAAACAAGUGUAUGAUGUUAACAUGCUUUUCGUCGCCCAAAUAAUUUAAAACAAAUGAUUGACUUAUAUUUGUGGUACUGAAGCAUGUUUGUGUAUCAAACUUGCAUUCAUUGGAGAAAAUACCACCACGUGCCCUCCAAAUUGCAAUGUUUUUUAAUAUGCAUUUUGAUGAAUGUGACCGGAUAUUCAUUUAUGAGUCCGAGCUCAUAUGCUCCCUACGAAUAGUAAAAUAAGAAAAAUACUAAAAGAAUUCAAAGCGUUCUGAUUUCUUUGCGUAGUAGAUGUUUCAGUGCGUGAGGUCCUUGCCAAAUUUCCAAUCAUCUCCACAUCUGAGCAGUUUAGAUUUUUUUUUAGUCAGACACAAACUUUGAAUUUCAUUUUUUUUUGCUGAGAGCUACUCAAAUGUUCAAACGAGCUGAAAUUUUGCAUGAACCUCACGCACUGAAAAAUCUUCCAUAAAAACAGAAUUUAAUAGUAUUUUUUAUUUUACUAUUUAUGGUGGGUGUAGAUGAGCUUGGGAGCCAAAUCACCCCUCUCAUAUGUGAGCAACUAUACACUUGAAACAUGCCAGGAAAUCAAUUAUUUUUACCACAUACUUGCCUUCCGUAACUAAAAUUUUAUUUUUUGAAAUAUUUGUCAGAAUAUAUCCAUGCGUGAUCUAGUUUUGAAGAUCUCAUCGUAAGAAAUACAACGGUGAUAAUGAAUACUUAUUGUAAUGCUCGAUUUUGAGGCAAUGCAUUUUUAAAUGUUCAGAGACAGUUUUGCAUGUUGCUAACGUCAUCUAUUUUUAGCAUUUUGUGGGUUUGCUGCUGAUUUUGAUCUGUAGGGUUGCGUAUUAGUAAAGGAAUAUGAGUUGCAAAUAGGUUUUUCAUGCGCUCAUAAUUAUCCUUGUUAAUAAUACAGCACACAGGCGCUCCCUAGCAGUACAAAUAAUUCAUGCAAAAUGAAGUUGCUUAGUA